CAUCAUCGAUUGUAAAUAAACAAGACGUUGGCGUUAUCAGCAUCACCGUCAAAUCUGAAAUUUAGCUCGUUACCUAUGAAAUACGAUUGAACUGAAAUGAAAUGCUAUAGUAAACAAUACAUAAAUUUUAUUUUAAUGCAACAGUUAUAAUUUUGCGAUGAGAGUAUAAAUUCCGAUUGUUUUAUAUACGUUCAGCUGAUUCCAACGAAGAUAAAUUCGCGUUUUGGUAGCCUAUCUACUUGACCAGAAAAAGGAGAAAAGAUUACGUUUUUUCUUCACUUUGAAUUUACGUCUAUUAUGCAAUUCAAGUUAUCGUAGUCUCACUUGCAACUGAUACCAAUGGAUGCUCCUGCGAUUGGAAUCGAUUUGGGCACAACGUACUCUUGUGUUGGUGUGUUCCAGUACGGGAAAGUUGAAAUUAUUGCCAACGAUCAAGGUAACAGAACGACACCGAGUUAUGUCGCCUUUACAGCUAAUGAAAUUCUGGUCGGAGACGCAGCAAAAAAUCAAUCAGCUAGGAACGUCGAUAACACCGUUUUCGAUGUCAAAAGAUUAAUGGGUCGUGCAUUCGACGAUCCUACGGUUCAGGCAGAUAUAAAACAUUGGCCGUUCAAGAUCGUGAAUAUUAACGAUAAACCCAAAAUAGAAACUAAAUUCCAAGGCAUUUCUAGAGAGUACUGCCCUGAAGAAAUAUCUUCGAUGAUCUUGAGAGAAAUGAAGAAGACAGCAGAAGCUUAUUUAGGCAAAACUGUUACUAAAGCUGUAAUAACGGUUCCAGCGUAUUUUAAUGAUUCUCAAAGAGCUGCUACAAUAGAUGCCGCUAGAAUUGCCGGUUUGGAGGUAUUACGAAUCAUUAACGAACCUACUGCUGCCGCUAUUGCUUACGGAUUAGAGAAAAAAAACUCCGACGAGCAAACUAUUUUGAUUUUCGAUCUGGGUGGUGGAACUUUCGACGUUUCUAUUCUCACAAUUCAAAACGGUGUUUUCGAAGUGAUUUCAACCGCCGGCGAUACUCACUUGGGCGGUGAAGAUUUUGACGACCGAAUGGUCAACUAUUUCGUGAAAGAAUUCAAACGUGAACAUAAGAAAGAUCUUACUGACAGCAAAAAAGCUUUACGUCGUUUGCGAACCGUGUGUGAAAGAGCAAAGAGAACUUUAUCAUCGACAACUAUGGCAGAGAUCGAAGUAGAAUCACUUCUUGAUGAUAUUGAUCUUUGUAGCGCAAUUUCUCGUGCUCGUUUUGAGGAACUGAACGCUGACCUCUUCCGUAAUAUAAUGGCAAUAGUUGGAAAAGCGAUCGAAGAUGCUAAAAUAAACAAAAGUAAAAUUGAUCACGUCGUUUUAGUAGGUGGUUCGUCUCGUAUUCCGAAAAUACAAAAAAUGCUACAAGAUUUCUUCGAUGGUAAAGAAUUAAACAAAACGAUUAAUCCGGACGAAGCUGUAGCCUAUGGAGCUGCCAUACAAGCUGCUAUACUGAACGGGGAUGAGUCGAAGAUUGUACAAGAUCUAGUGCUAUUCGACGUUACGCCGUUUUCAGUAGGUAUUGGUGUUGAAGACCAUAAAUGCGAGUACAUGAGUGUCGUUAUAAAACGCAAUACUGCUAUACCGGCAAAGCAUACUCGACGUUACUUCACACUAUACGAUUAUCAAACCGAGUUUUGUUUUACAGUCUACGAAGGUGAGCAUGCUUUAACCAAGGAUAAUAAUUUCCUCGAUGAAUUCACACUCACAGGCGUCCCUCCUGCGCCAGCUCAUGUAUCUUCAGCCGAUGUAACGUUCGAAAUCGAUGUUAACGGUAUUUUGAAUGUAACUGCCGUCGCGCGAACGACCGGUAGCACGAACCAUUUGGCAAUCUCGUACCUAAAAAGCCGUCUCGGUCAAGGUGACAUUCAUCGUAUGAUUGAAAACGCCGAAGAAUUACGAGUCGAAGGAGAAAAACGAAAUGCUGUAUUAGCCGCCAAGAACUCUUUAGAAUCGUACUGUAUCAACGUCAAGAGAACAGUAGAAAGCGAGAAAUUGAAAGACGAAAUCGAUGAAUUUGAUAAAGAUAUAAUAUCGAAAAAAUGCGAAGAAACCCUUGACUGGUUGAGUUCCAACCAAUCAACCGAAAAAGAAGUAUUCGAACGUAAAGAAGAAGAACUGCGAGAGAUUUUUGAUGUGAUUAUUUCCAUCGCUGCUAACCCCUCUGCAAGAUGCGACAAAUAUUGUGAAAUAUUAGGCGUCACAAAAAAUUCCCCCAAAGAAGAAAUCGAAACGGCCUAUAGGAGAACAAGUUUAAAAUAUUAUCCCGAUAAAUAUGAGGGAGAUAAGGAGCUGGCCAAUAUGUUUUGGCUGACCAUUGUAAAAGCAAAAAGUGCUCUCAUCAAUCCAGUAAAAAGAAGAAGAAUUUAGAUUCAGUCAAGAUGCUUGAAGAUUGGACGAUACUCGAAACUCAUUUUUCAUGGAUUUCGUUGUUGAAAGUUUAUAAUUUUAAUGGAUGUGCGUUUUGAUUUCAACGCAGAUGGUUUAAGUGGAGUGGAGAUGUUAAAAUCGACCGCACCUAAUAUUUGUUGUAAAAUGAAGAAGAGUUUUACUUUUUUGUGCAUUUAUUUUUUUAAGUUAUUAUUUCUAUUUCUAUGUAGCUAUUUUUUUUUUUUUUUUUUUUUAAGACAGCUGUUGUGAUUUUUUAUUAUUAAAUUGAAUAGCUCUAUAUUCCUUGAUUGACGAGUACAUCUGUACAUCACGCGCAUGUAUUGAAAAUACAUAGAUCAUAGUCAACUACAAUACUACAAAACAUAGGUCUGAUGAAUGGGUACUCGUGUAGAAUGUUUUCGUUGUUGCUUUCUCUCUUCCAUUGAAUUGUUGUACAACAGUCCAAGGCUUAUUUUUAUAUUUUUCGUUGAUAAAAUAUACCCAUU